AUGAACAUCAGCAACCUGGUGAAUGAUGAGGAUGGGGUGGUUUUGCCACUACAUCAGAAGGUUCAGCUCGUCCGAAAACAACUUGGCUGUACGUCGAAGGAGGCAGUGAGCCUCAUAAUGAGGAAACAGCAACGCUUGAAGACCGGAAAGGACACCUUGGAGAGUGCGGGUGACUCAAUCUUCCAACCAUGUCUGUCACCUGGAUAUGCCAACAAAGAAAACCUGGAGUCCAACAAUGCCCUCAUCGAGCCCAUCGAGAAGAAUGUUGAGAUGGACGACGUCGCCAUUGACGUACGUUGUUCCAUUCUCUCAGUCCAGGAAGAGAAGGCAUCAGUUCUCGCAGUGACGAAGAACAGCGGCCUUCACGACUUUGCCUUUGACCGCGUCUUUGGGGAGCGCAGCAGUCAGCCACAAGUCUACGAAGCAGCGGCGCGGCGCCUGGUGAUGGAGUUCUUGAAUGGAACCAGUGCCAGCAUCAUUUGCUACGGUCAGACAGCCAGUGGCAAAACGCACACUAUGUUUGGACCUCCAACCACUGGCCAACUGACAGUCGCCGACCACCAAAUGCAAGGUCUUGUUCCAAGGACCUGUGCAGAGGUCUUGCAGGCAGUUGACCACUGGCGCUCACGCGGGCUUGAAGUUCGGCUGAGUGCCAGCUAUGUGGAACUUUUCGGAAGUGAGGUUUCUGAUCUUCUUCGGGAGGGCCGAGUGGUGGGCCAACAUCGUGAAGGGCGCUACUCUGCAGUGCGUGCGACCGAUCGAGUCGGCCAUCGCUAUGUCUUGGACGGGCACACUGAGUGGCACAUUCAGUCACUGGAGGAGUUGCAAGAGCUGCUGGAGCACGGCGAUGCUGCGAAGCGCCGUGCUGCCACUGCCAUGAAUGAGCGCUCCACACGUGCACACACGGUCUUUGUUCUGUCCUUGCAGGUGAGGAAGGACAUGGAUUCCGCCGAUGCAACAAUUCGGCAAAGUCGUUUUUAUUUUGCAGAUCUUGGCGGUUCUGAACAGCUUUCGAAGAGCAAAGUGGAUGCUGCAACGAAAGCUCCAGUACUGGUUGUUGGAGGUGAAGAACAAAGCCGUUUGACCUGGCAGGAGUACAAUCUCCAUCGGCAGAGGGUUUAUGAGACCCUAAACAUCAACAAGGGUCUCUUCUCGCUGAAGCGUGUCAUUGAGGCUUUGCAUCAAAGGUGUCGGAUGGCCCAAGAAGGUGUACCUACCCAUGCCUUGCCAUAUGUGCCAUACCAAGAUUCGAAGCUGACGAUGCUUUUGCAAGAAGCUUUGGGAGGUUCGGCUCGAACUUUGAUCAUCACCACUGUGACCAUGGAUCCAUCACACGCAGAGGAGUCUUUACAAACCUUGCGCUUUGCUGAGACCUGUGCUCAAGUGCAGAAACGGCGAGAAGCUGACCAGGCAGCAUCAAUUACACUUGCCUUGGACAAGAUCGAGCAAGAGAUCCAGGCGUUGCAAGCAGAUAUUGCCCAGAAGGAGCGAUGGGAAACUCGAUUUCUACGACGUCAGGAUCGAGACACCGUGGCAGGUGCUUUUGGUGAAGGAAUGAUGGUGGAACGUACCGAAGUCGUACCAACCAGCGUCCUGGUUGGAGCUGAGGCUGAACGUGAGCAGCUGGAAGCUCUCUUGGAACGCCAAGCUGAGUUGAAAGGUCUUUGCAGCAUGGUGGACUUUGGAAAGGACUACCGCAGUAUGCGGCUUCAAGACACCAAAGGAGCCACUGAUGGUGGCAGAGGGGAGGAUUUCCGUGCCGGUCAUUUCAGUGCUCGAACCAAGGCCAAAGACUUUGAAGAUGAGGCAGUUUUGGCGGAUGCCCUGCGUUUCUUGUUCCGCAGCUGUAAAGACGCAGAACGGGUUUUUGGUGAAUUGAAGGCUCGGACAAGGCUGCAGAGAAAUGAGAUCCCGGAAGGUUAUCACAAGGCGGCGCGCGCCAUGCGUGAACAUUGGGAGGAUCAAGUGGAAAAGGGACAAGAGCACAGGAGCUUCGGAAAGGCUAUGCUAGAUCGUUGUACAGCAUGGAGAGGCGCAUUCAAACAGGACACGUCCAGUAGAGAUGCAGCGCUCUCCAAACUGGUCCAAGAGUGUGGCCUCGCGUGAGACAUUUGACAUUUGCGGACACAAUCCACGAAGCAGUCUAUGUGCAGUUUAGAUUUGCUUAUUCAUCUUAUUCUCCAAGGCUUUCCAGGGGAGUGCCGGAGUCAUCCGAAGUCAUCCGAAGUCAUCCGAAGUCAUCAAGCCUUCGUCCAUAUUUUACAAGGCACGGUGCUCCCGGUGCUCCCUAGGCCCUAGGCCAUACGUCCGCUGGAUUUCAACCUUGAUGCCAUAGAUUGUUCAUAGCUUGCAGGACUGCUCUCGCCAAGAAUUAUGGAAUGCGCCUUGC